UUCAGUUGUCCUGCUGCAGGAAGGCCAGGUUUUUAAAUGAGACGUCAGGACAGUUUAUGUAAAGCAGGAUGCGGCUGGAAGCAAAUACAGCUUUAGUUUGUGAAAUGGUGAGACACCUGGAUUAUGGGAGUAUCGCGUUGCAGUACUUGAUGCCUGAUCAUGUUUCCAGUUCUCCAUUUGCUGCACACACAUUGCACUUUGAUGAUCAAGACACUUCUCGGCAGGAUUUACCCACCCAGCAGGCUGGUAGAAACCCACAUGAGGACAAAGCAUGAUUCAAUACAGUUUCAGUGCUGUGGGACACAAAAUAUGAUUAUGUAUGUUUCUUUAUUUCCUUUUAUGCAUUGUCCGAAUCAGUGAGGAUGCUUCAGGCGCUGAAAAAAAUAAUUUGUCAAGAAUUCAGGAGAUGAUUGACUCCUGGAACAAGACUGCACUGGUACAAGUCCUUUCCAGGGCACUGGAGAGCAGGUGUUACGCUCUAACAAGGCACAUUGUGGAACUGUCUCUCUUUUAAGUUCUUGGCCAAAUGGGGGAGUAAGAUCAGCUGGACUGAAAAAACGACGGCGCAGAAGAAGGUUGACAAGCUAAAGCACCCUGGAGGAAAAAAAAUACAGAAAGCUGUUAAAAAUGACGCAGUGAGUUCAGCUGGAAGUGGAUCUCCAAGGAAGUAAUCUGCUUUGUGUAGCCUUUAAUAUUAUAUGAAACUGCACCCUGGUCUCUUGUUGCAGCAGUAGUGGUGUGCCGCUGUGAACAAUACCUUAAUCUGUCCGUGCCUUUUAGGUCUCAGGACAAUUGGGAUAUACCUCCAAACUGGACAUUGUGUUUCUGCUGGAAAUUUUUAAAGGACGGGGAAGGAAUUUUAAGGAUUCUGUUUAUCCAUAUUCCUAAACGUUUCUGACCAGGUAAAGGGCAUGUAAGAGACAAGCUGCUUUGUUACUUCGCCCGAAGGAAUAUUUGCUUCACCUCCAGCAGAAACAACACGGUCUUAUUCAAGUCUUGGGAGCUGGGGUUAUACUUCAUGCACUGACAACUGUGAGUUGAUAUGCAAUAAAGGACAAUAGGCACAAAGAAGUGUGCUCAGUGGGGGGGAGAUAUGAUGUCUGCGACCCAAGGUCCAGAUGUGGCAAACCCGCAGCCUGCUCCCAUCCCGACGGUCAACAUCCUCCCCCCAUCGUCUGACACAGAGUCACGGUCCUGUUCCUCCAGCCCAUGCCUGAGGCGGCACAGAUCCCGGAGCCGGGGGCUGGGUUCCCAUGAGGAGCGGGAGGCUCGAAGGAGGAAGCGGUGUGAUAUUCAGAGUCUACCUCCUCAAACAUCCCCCUCUAGGGAGGAUCUGCCCUGCCCUUCGUCCCUCCUCCCGCCCCCGCCCCACCAAAGAUCGCGUAGCUCUUCUCCCAGCCGGCGGUCCCCCUGGUCCCUCAGGAGCUUGUUCAGCAGGGACUCCUCUGAGUGUGACAGCUGCAGCACCGCCAGCAACUCCCCGCGCAGCACUCCAGGCAGUUCUCCGAGUGUACGUCGCCGGGUGCUGGGGGGCAGGGCCAGCGAGGGCGAGGGUGGCGCUGACCGUGGUGGCGGAAGCUCCGACAGCCCCCUGCUGCCCACCCCAUCUUCCUCCUCCUCUUCUUCCUAUGUCCUCGCCCCCCGGAAUUUCACACGCAAUGCAAAGAAAAUGCAGAGCUGGUACAGUCAGGUGCUCAGCCCGACUUACAAGCAGCGGAAUGAGGACUUUCGAAAGCUCUUCAAGAAGCUCCCUGACACUGAAAGACUCAUAGUAGAUUACUCCUGUGCUCUGCAGAAGGACAUCUUGCUACAGGGACGUCUGUACUUGUCAGAGAACUGGCUGUGUUUCUACAGCAAUAUCUUCCGUUGGGAGACCACUAUCACCAUCCCGUUGAAAGACGUGACGAACCUGACCAAGGAGAAGACUGCCAAGCUCAUUCCCAACGCCAUCCAGAUCAGCACCGAGCAUGACAAGCACUUCUUCACGUCAUUUGGAGCAAGGGAUCGCAGCUACAUGAUGAUCUUCCGGCUGUGGCAGAACGCACUCAUGGACAAGUCCCUUUCCCCGAAGGAGCUUUGGCACAUCGUCCACCAGUGCUAUGGCACCGAGCUGGGGCUCACCAGUGAAGACGAUGACUACGUUUCCCCCACCGGUGACCACAUUAAUGGCCUGCUGCUGGGGGAUGACUCGGUCACCGUUUCAGAGCUGCUGGACAUUAGUACAUCAUCACCAGCACCGGUGGGCUGCUCUUCCCCGGGCGUCGCUUGCGGUCCUGGUUCUACAUGUACUGGGAGCUCUCCCCCUUCUGUCCAGCCCAUAGACGUUCCUCUGUCCAAGUCAAGCUUGGAGCCGGACCCCAGCCCACCCAGCUCGCAGAGCUCUCUUCCCUCCACGACCCACUCCACACAGACUGGGGGCACCUCCGCUAACCCGGAGGAAGUCGUGGAUAGCCAGUCAGAAUCAACCAAUCACGUGCUUCCCCCUGCGCCACCGAGCUUGGGAAACCUCUCGUCGUUGGACAUCACCAAUGAUGAAGAGCUUCCAACGGACCUCAGCAAUUCCUCGGACACACAGGAAGAGAGUGAAGUGGAGUCGUUUUGCGCGGACCUCGCCGGGCGGCUGCACAUCAACACAGUUGUGCGCAUGAGUGUGGAUAAGCUGCACGACCUCCUGUUUGCUGACACACACUUCCUCCAGCACCUCUUCUCCCAGCGCCACUUCACCGACUUGAAGGUGAGGGAGUGGCAGCAGGAUGGCGCUAAUGGCAGCAGCAGCCGAGUCCUGAGUUACACCAUUGCCAUCAACAACCCUCUCGGACCCAAAACCGCGCCAGUGGUGGAGACUCAGACCCUGAAUAAGAGCAGCACCCGCGGUGAGUGCUAUGUGGUCGACUCAGAGGUUAUCACCUCAGGGAUCCCCUACCAGGACUACUUCUACACGGUGCACAGAUACUGCCUCACCUCAGUCAACAGGCACAAGAGUAGGCUCCGGGUGUCCUCAGACAUCUGCUACAGGAAACAGCCAUGGAGUCUGGUCAAGGCCCUAAUAGAGAAGAACACGUGGAGCGGCAUAGAGGAGUACUACAGACACAUGGAGAUGGAGGUAUGCAAGCUGGAGACGCUGCUACAGUCGGAGGUGUCGGUGGUUGGGGCGGGGGAUGCUGUCACGGCUGAGGUAGCAAAGACCCCCCCAGCCCUGCGGAGACGCAAGCGCACCUGCUCCCGGCGUGCAGGGGAGAGGGAGCGGGAGAGAGAGGGAGCAGGCAGCGGUGACCGGGGUCCCGGAGAGGAACGGGACCGGACUGAGAUAGGUGCUCAGUAUUUGAAGCUGGAAGAGCGGUCUAGAGGAGGAGGCAGCAUCUCCACCAUACUACUCAUUGUCAGCUUUAUGAUUUGUAUCAGUUUGGUGGUGCUGGUGGCUCUAAACAUGCUGCUCUUCUACAAGCUAUGGGCCCUGGAGCGUGCAGCGCACACACUGGAGACCUGGCACUCCUACUCACUGGCAGACAGCCCCUUGCCGCAGACAGCCAGCGAGUGGGCCCAGGUGCUGCAGUUGCAGAGGCAGUUCCACCAGGCACAGCUCAGCAAAUGGCAGCAGAUCCUGCAGUCAUCUGUUGCCCUGCUGGAUCAGAUGAAACAAUCCUUGGAAAAGCUGCACAGAGGAAUUGUUAUUCCAGAAGUACAAUCCUCCCCCUCAGAGUCCCCGACAGACACUGUAAAUCAGCAAUGACCCGAAGCCCGGAGUGGAACUCCCCACCCCCUUUCAGAGGUCCUUAAUCUGAUCUGGUGUAGACAGGUAUUGAACACCUGGGGGCAGUCAGGCUCACGUCAACGGCUCCAUUUGAAAUGGGGCUCUGCUAAAUUAAAUGCAGCUAGUUGGAUCAUACUUAAAGGCAACCCAAUGAAGCAAGUAAGGAUUUACUUCCUGCCUUGACUGUAACGGCCCUUCCUGCGCCCGCAGUGCGUCAGCCCCACAGGUGGCACAGUGUACGGCAGGGGGACUCGCUGCUGGACUCCCCUUUGGCUGAGGAGUAAAUGCAGGGUGGUUGUCUAGCCAGCUGACUGCUUUUGCUCAUGUACAGUUUAAAGUGCUCGUGCUGAGAUGUGUCAUCUGGGAAAUGUCAUCAAAAACAUGGCUGCCCAUGGAUGUGUUUUUCUUUUUUUUUUCUUUUCUUUUGGUAAAUUUAAGGGUUGUAGUAGAAUAGGCUGGGACUUUGUACACCAAUAGAAACGGUCACAAUCCCAACAAAACUCUGAAGACGGAACGCAGUUUGUACUGCGUUACUGCAUCGAAGGUCUGCUUUGGAGAGCAUCUGUGACUGAGGGGGCACAGUGGCUGCGCAGGACACCCAGGUGGAUUGCUGUGCUCUCGCACCCCUCGCCUUCCUGAUGUUCUCCCAGACCACCUUCUCCUUGCCCUCCAUGCGGGUUAAAUAAUGCACCCGGUGGACCAUGUCUGAAAAUGAAGAAACAACAUAUCAGGUGACUUAGAUGUGAAGAAAAGAAGCACUCCUCAUUUCCUGUGCACCCACCUGUUUUUAUUAUUUAAACGUGUCUGUAUUAGCAAUGGGACUGAAAAGGGCGAAUGCUCACACUUUGCAUCCACAGUAUUUAUUAUUAGACUUUUGAUUAAAAGAAGUCUUAGUAUCUGAGUUUUGUUCUAUUUUGUGUUGUAUAGUCUGGACCAAGAAAAGAUAAAAAGAUUGAAAUGAUAUUGAUUGUAGCAAUAAUAAUUUGAAAUAGUGUGUUUGGAGACUAAAUGGGAGAAAAUCAAGCUUUCCAUCCCAGAAAAAUGAGAACAUUUGAAAAAGACUCCUUGUUAAUGUUAUUUUUUGUCUGUGUUUAAAGACUUUGUUUAUGUGUUGGUUGUUCUCUGUGUUUGGUUCUGGUGAGGGUGAGGUCUUUGAUUUCAUUCUCUUCUUCACUUUGUAACAGACAGAAACACAGAAAAAGGCUCUUGCACUUUCCAGAACCAUUAGAUCACUGAGAUUGUAUUAUUGGACUGAACUUGAAAUGAUCGGCAUUCUUGUUGACUUGAAUAGGUUGACAGUGCUCCUAGUUUAAAGGACCAACCAGAAUGCUUGUCCUGAACAAUAAAAAGGGAAUAUUGCAGUGUUAUGUUAAAUGUUUUUCUUGUGUUUAAAUUUUUAGACAUUUGUUGUUAUAUUUUGUUUUUUAGGCUUUGUUUGUUUUGUACUUUUGUUUUCCUUGUCUUCCUGAUGGUCUCUUCUUAAACAGACCCCUGUUCUCUCUCCCUGUGGGCAGCCUGCUGUCUCCUCCUCCCUGGUCUUUUGCUGUCCAUCAUCUGCCAUGUCUCCACCCCUUCCCCCCAACCCAGUGCAGGUGCUGGAGACAUCAUGUGGACUGACCCUUCACUGCAGUGGACUGAACAUGUACUGUUAGUUGGGAUGCGUUGCCUGUGUGGCUGAGGCUGUAUAAUGAAUUCCUCAUUAAUUUCUCUGGGAAUUAAGACUUUUAAAAAUGCAGCUGUGUGUCUGUGUUUGUGUCUCGUGUUCAUUUUUGUUUCAGUUGCAGACAGUGCAUUAAGAUUUGCUGAUGGUGAUGGCGAGGGCGCUCCCAUUGGCCAGUGUCUUUGAGACUACUUCCAGUCACUUAAGUCUGCUCACUUGUAUUCUUCAACAACCAUCCUUACCAUGAUUUUUCUGAAACUGUCAUAACAGCAGAGCGCAGAGGCGCAUCAGCCCCCGUAACCUCAUUAU